AUUUAUAAAUUAAAACUUUGUUUAAAUUACUGUAUUGCUCCAAACCAACCAAUCAUUGCUACAAACCAAAAAUAAAUACCUACUCGUUAUAAGCAAGACUAUCGUAUGAUCGUAUUAGGCAUGUUUAUGAAACACUUGGGCCUGUUGCUGCUGCUGGCCCCGAACAUUUUGUGCGCGUCUGCAGCCGUCCACAGCCACAGCGUGGAUGGCGGCGAGCGCGAGGCGGACGGCGCGUACCGGCCGCGGGACCACGAGCACUACGGCGACGAGGGCCACAACGUCGAGUUCGAUCACGAAGCAAUAUUAGGCAGCGUGAAGGAGGCCGAGGAGUAUGACAAGCUGAGCCCGGAGGAGGCGCGGCAGAGGCUCGCCCUGCUGCUGCCCAAGAUGGACCUCAAUGGAGAUCAGUAUAUCGACAGGAAGGAACUCAGGAAGUGGAUCCUGAACUCAUUUAUAAACCUAUCCAAGGAGGAAGCAGAGGAGCGCAUGUCAGAGACGGACUCCAACAAGGAUGGUGUGGUGACGUGGGGGGAGUACCUCCAGGAUGCGUUUGGCGUGGACACCGAGGAGGAGAUCGGGCCGGAGGACACCGGUGACACUGGCAUGGUAUUCAUAUACAACAAGCUGGUGCAGGAGGAGAAGGCAAUGUGGCGCGCGGCGGACGCCAACGGCGACGGCAACCUCGACUUCGCCGAGUUCGAGACGUUCACGAACCCGGAGGAGCACGAGGUGAUGCACCCGCACCUGGUGCGGCAGACGCUGCGGGAGAAGGACGCCAACCGCGACGGACACCUCGACUUCGAAGAGUACGUCGGCGAGCGAGGCGGGCAGCAGGACCGCGAGUGGACGCUGUCGGAGCGCGACAAGUUCGACCACGAGCUGGACCUCAACCGCGACGGCCGCCUCGACGAGCGCGAGCUCAAGCGCUGGCUCAUACCCGACAACGAUGAGAUCGCCGACGAGGAGGUGGAUCACCUGUUCGCGUCGGCCGACGACGACCACGACGACCUGCUGUCGUACGACGAGAUUCUGCGCCACCACCGCGUCUUCGUCGGCUCCGACGCCGACGACCACCGCCGCUUCGACGACGAACUCUAAACUUCGUCGAACUGUAAAUAACUGACCAUCCUGCCGACUGCACUAAAUGUAACUAUCACUAUACUUAUACACACUUGUAUAAGUAACUGUUCCAUAUCAAAGGAAUUUUGUAUGUAUAUAAAUUUACUUGUAAUGCUGUUUCAUGACCAAAUCUUGAUCAACAAUUGAGUACCUUUUUUUUUUCUUCAUAUUUAAAUAAAUGCAUUACAGUACAAAUUACAAUGGCAAUAGCCAUAAUCAUGUUUUAUCAAGUACUUAAAGAGUUACAUUUUUUAACUUAUUAUACUGACCUGUACUUGUACCAUCGAGGAAGUU